GGCAGCUGCGAGCCCCCUCAGUAUCGCAGCUGUGGGGCUAGUGGUCGGGUGGUCUUUGACGGGACCCUUACCUGUGCGCGGGCUUUUGGCGGGUGCCGCCAGGGGGAAGAAGGAGGUGGUGGCGGCGGCGCCGAGGCAGCAUGCCGGGCAGCGACACGGCGCUGGCCGUGGACAGGACGUACUCGGACCCGGAGCGGCACAGGCGCCGCAAGACGCGGGUGGAAAGACAUGACAUGAAUACCCUGAGUUUACCACUUAACAUUCGCCGAGGAGGCUCUGACACCAACCUGAAUUUUGAUGUACCAGAUGGAGUCCUAGAAUUUCACAAAGCCAAACUCAGUACAGAUAGCUUGAAACAGAAAAUCCUCAAGGUUACAGAACAAAUCAAAGUUGAACAAACAGCUCGAGAUGGAAACGUGGCUGAAUAUUUGAAACUGGUAAACAGUGCAGACAAACAACAGGCUGGGCGCAUUAAACAAGUCUUUGAGAAAAAGAACCAGAAAUCUGCCCACUCCAUUGCCCAGCUGCAGAAGAAAUUGGAACAGUAUCACAAAAAACUCAAGGAUAUUGAACAAAAUGGAUCUUCCAAAACUACUAAGGAUACUUCCAAAGAGAACUUGAAAGACAUUCAGCAUGGAAAAGCUCGUAGCUCUGGGCAUGGAACAGAGAGCAGCAAGUCGGGUGUGCCAGGUGUAUCAUUGACACCACCUGUCUUUGUUUUCAGCAAGUCUAGGGAGUUUGCAAACCUGAUCCGAAACAAAUUUGGUAGUGCAGACAACAUCGCUCAUCUCAAAAACACCUUGGAUGAAUUUCGGCCAGAAACAAGUUCUAGAACCUAUGGGGGCAGCGCCACCAUUGUUGCCAAACCUAAAUAUGUUAGUGAUGAUGAGUGCUCAAGUGGGACCUCUGGCUCAGCAGAUAGCAACGGCAAUACUUCCUUUGGGCCUGCUGUGGCAAGUACCCUGGACAGCCAGGGAAAACUUUCCAUGAUUUUGGAGGAACUAAGGGAAAUCAAGGAGACACAAUCUCAAUUAGCUGACGAUAUUGAGAAUUUAAAAACACAAUUUAAAAGAGACUAUGGCUUUAUUACUCAGAUGUUACAAGAGGAAAGAUAUAGAUACGAAAGAUUGGAAGACCAGUUAAAUGACCUCACUGAUCUUCAUCAACAUGAGACAGCAAACUUGAAACAAGAGUUAGCCAGCAUAGAGGAGAAAGUGGCGUAUCAGGCAUAUGAGAGAUCGCGAGAUGUUCAGGAAGCCUUGGAAUCGUGCCAGACCCGAGUUUCAAAGCUGGAGCUCCAUCAGCAGGAACAGCAAGCACAGCAGUCGGAAACGGUUAAUGCCAAAGUGCUCCUGGGGAAAUGUAUAAAUGUUAUCCUGGCCUUCAUGACUGUCAUCUUAGUGUGUGUUUCUACUAUCGCAAAGUUCAUUGCACCGAUGAUGAAGAGCCGUUUUCAUAUCAUCUGCACUUUUUUUGCAGUGACUCUGCUGGCAAUAUUUUGUAAAAACUGGGAUCACAUCAUUUGUGCCAUAGAAAGGAUGAUUAUACCCAGAUGAAGCUGCUGGUCUGGCUGCUUGCUGCUUUUUUUCCUCUCCUCUCUGUUUUUUUUAAGUGCUGUGUGUAUACAAAUAAAUUUUUGUCAGUUUAAAUGUGCAGACUGGAUGGAGGAGGCUACAAAGACCCUUGGACUUGAAGGUGUAAAUACAUAAAUGCGUGCUUGUUGGCAGUCACUUGCCUGUUCAAUCCAAUUGUGUCCAAUUGGCUACGUCUGUGAUGAACUACUUGCUUAUGUCAGUCUUCUGCCUUAAUCCAAAGGGUUUUCCACUUUACAAGCCCACAGAAGAUGGUAUGAUGUUCUGGGAGGAAUCCAAGCAACUGCAAGUGUCAGGUGUGCUUUUUACUAGAGUGCAAAGAGCGGAAUUGGGAGAGAGUGCACUGUAAUGUGUAUCAGCCCUGCUAGACCAAUAAUUUAAUUUUCUAUCUGAACCCAACUAGAGCAAUAAGCCAAAUUAUACAGUCAUAUGUAUUAAUAGUUCUUGAAUCGAAAUUAAUAGGUAUCUAUAUAUGAGGUUUCUUGUUCUCAGGACUAGUAAAACCUGAUGCUUUAGCUACCAACCCUUUGCACAGAGUUUAUUGUUUGUAAGUUAGACCAAUGCUGACUAUUGACCUCAGUUAGCAGUUGUUCUAUCGUGUCACUGUUCCUCACCACACUGGAGAAACAUACACCUGUGACAUAAGACUUCCAAAGAUGAACUGAAUUGAAUUACAAGAUCUCCAGGCCAUUUUGUAAAAGAGUAAAGAAGCAAAUAACUGUUGGGUAAGUUGUCAUGCAGACCAAAGCACUCACUUGUUUCAAGCCCUGCAGCCUGCAAGGGAGAACAACACAGAAAGGCAAAGGUUAGCUCUUGUUAGUUAGCACAGAAUUGUUGUGAUGCUCUAACUGAAUGCAGAGCAGAUAGGUGGUGGGACUCUGGGUACAGUGGAUUUCUUUCUUGUGUCAGAUUAAGGAAUGUGGAAGAAGCAUGUGGAAACAGCUUCUUCUUAGAUGAGCAAGGACUUAAACUUCUGUAAAUAUACAAUCACUGUGCAGAUUUUCUUGACAAACAUUCCUGAAAAUAAUGUAUUUACAUACAGUAGCACUGCUAGGAGACAGAUGGUUUUGUUUUCUUACUGGAAUUUUUUCUGCUCGAUUUAAGAACUGAAAAAAAAAAAAAAAAUUAAAUAUCCCUGAAAUCUGUUUGGCUUUCAGCCAUGAUGUAAAACAAGAUCUUUAAUAAAAAACCCCAAACAAACCACCGCACCCAGAAUUAUUCUCUACCCUCCCUUAAAUAAAAAGAAUCAGUUCUUUGAUGUUCAGUGUUACUUGCUUUGAAAAGAUUUUCUUUUCAGUUGCAGUAUUUGUUAUGCUGGUUUUACAGGAGGGUGGGGAAGGCAAUUACUUGAUGUGUGUAUUUGUUUUUACCAAGUGCAACAGUUGGUGUAGAAAUUCAGAAGUCUUUAUUUUGAAAAAAGGGAGGGGGGUGGAGUCAGGGGAAGAACUUUGAUAUCUUACCACAACUGGGUUAGCAGUGACUACAGUUACUUAUUGUGACUUCAAGGACUGAAGGAAAGACAGAAUUAACUGCAUAAAUAAUGAUAUGACUCAGCAUUUAGAAAAUUCAAUUAAAAUACUUUAAAAAUCAUCAAAGAAAUGUUUGUCUGUGCUACAUCUUGGAGCAGAGAAAUCAGGAAGACUUGUGCUGGCUCGCAGGCACCGGAAAUGGAUCGGCUCAGCCACACCCAUGUUAUCCUAACACAGCCCUGCCUUAUCUUCCGAGAAAGGUCGAAAGCAAAAGUCCUGCUGAGAGGCAUAUGGCUCUAUAAAGCCUGAACUUACCAAUUGGAUAAUCCCAGGUUGUGUUAGGAACAAUUACAUAGAUAGAUUCUUCUUUUCCUUAAUGAUUUGGGGUUUUUCUCUUUGCCUUUCCUUCUUCAGGGUAUACCAGGAAAACAAGGGUAAUGGGGUGUUAUGAUACAUAGGAAGCUUUUUUUUGUCUUUAAUUGCUGCAUGGGCUUCUGCUGCUGGUCAGUUCAGGGAGACCUUUCUUGUCAUGUCUCUUAACUGUUAACCGUGUGCAUGCAUUGCAACAGGCCUUUGCCCUCACUUCCCGAGUGUAUCUGUGCUUAGCCUCCUUUUACAGCCAGCUAGUAAACUGAGGCAAUUGUUUCCACAAAGGCGACCUAUAAACUUAUCUUCAGAGGAAAGUCCCUUCCACAAUGUUAAAAAGAUUAAAAAGAAAAAAGAAGUAGCUCUUUCCUGACCUUUACAUCACAUGAGAGGGUUUCCCAUGAUUGUUUUUAUGCCCUUUCGGUGUGUCCUGAGAUCCUCUCGGUCUUUUCCACUGUUUUUGUAUAAUUUCUUUUUCAUUUUUGAAAAGGUACGUGGUGUCUCUUUAUAUUCUUUACUUUCCAUUUCUUUAGUCAAUGAGUGUGCUUCUGUUUGGAGUUCUUUUCUUUCUGAGGUCUUUUCUGAAAUUCCAUUUUACUUAACAACCUUAUGACUUUUUUCUCCCUGCCCCAUUUCCAUAAGCUAUGAGAUUAUGUAUCUAUUACAAAAACCCAAGGAUCCUGGUACUGCUCUUCAGAAAGCUGUGACUCUUCAUAGUUUUUUUGCCAUCUGUAUUAUAAUCUCUAUUCUUUUCUUCAACUUGCACAGCCACCGUCUGUUUUGGCCGCUUGAGACAAGACUGUGUGUGUAGCAUUUUGUUAGAUGGGGUCAGGAGUGUAUAUGUGCAAGAAAGGUUCUUCCUAACUGCUGCCUCCAGGGCACAGGUACUAGAGGGACCAGGAGGUGGUAUAGCACUGGCUAGCCAGCUCUGUUACCAGGGCCAAGAGCAGGCUGGAGGCUAGUAUCAGCAGCACUUCCACCACCUAGGCUGGAGUUCUGCAAGUGUACAGCCUCAGCCUGCAGUCAGGGCUCUGCUCUCUGGGCCAUCCCAAAUGGCCCCAAGAUCUCACUUAAGUAGAACUUUGUCCAGCUUCUCAGUUAACCAUGGUCUGUUAGGAUACCACUUGCUCUUAUAUUCUCAUAUAACACAUUACAUGUUCUUAGUGUGUACUCUUUACACUCGCUCAUCGUGAGCCUCUAAAAUAUUCAAGUUGCCAGUCAGUGUCUUUUCUGCUUGGUGCUGCCUGGCAGUCAAUUAUUUCACUUCACUUUGAACAGUAGUUUCUCCAACAGAAAAGCCCUUCAGUUAGUUGUCAAUAUCUGUUCUAUAGGCUUUGGGCAGUUUUUCUGCUUGUAAGUUUCUGCGGAUUUAGUUUCUCUUGAAGGUUUGCACAAUUUUCCUGACCCCUUUCAUUUCAGUAUUCAGCUCUAAACUGGGUUUUCUCAAAAACUUGUAUAAUGGAUCCCUCUACUAGCUUUGACUGUAACACCAUUGUUGUUGAACAUCCAAUUAGUCACUGCCAGCACUGAAUGAGACCCAGUUUAAAUUCUUUUUUUCUGCUUUAUAUGUGUUCAUCCAGCUUCUCAUUUUACUGCUCUACUAUGUCUACUCAUUCUGAAUUCUUAAGAGAAGCAUUAUCAAAUUGGACUGCCUUUUAGUUUAACGUUAAAAUGCUUAUGCAGUGCCUCUGCUGCGCUGCAUGAAGGAUAUUUAAAAGCCAAUGGUUUUGUCUGAAGAGAUCAUGAACUGCUUAUCUGGAGAAGAGAAAUUCAAUAGGUGAAGGUAAUUUGCUGUAGGAAAUAUGCAUGAUCCACUAACUAGAAGUUGAAGCUAGACAAAUCUAUUGCAAUCAUAAGAUUCAGUUUGGGAAUCAGAAGGAUCACAGCUAGUUAUUAGUCUCAUAAGCAUAACAUAAACAAGGGCUUCAAUACUAAAAGCUAAAGCUGACUGAGGCUGUUCAGAGAAGAGUCCAUCCAGACUUAUAUUUGCAUCAAAGUCAACUGCAUAAUCUGCAAAGUCAACUGUAGUACUUUCUGGAGUUAAAAAUCAAUGAACAACAAAUUAUCUGGGGGAAAAACCCCAACCCACAGAAGUUUGUGGUUCACUUAGGCAAUAUGAAAAACAAUUUUGGAAACCAAGCCCCUUUCCACUAGGGCACAAACAUUUUAUUUCUGGAUUCGAUGGUGCAACUGAAAGUAAACAGAGAUUCAUGUGAUUAAACACUUUAGAUAACAGAAUUUAAUCAUUGCUGUUCCUAGUUUCAGAAAUCAGUCGUAUCUAGUCUCUUAUUUUUUAAUCGAGCAAAUAUUUCUCUGCUUUUUUCAUUUACCCUCAUGCCAGAAUAUGCCCUUUAAUUAAUUAUAUUGACCCUCCUUAAAAGGCAAGUGAUAAAAGGCUUGUUUCUUUGAAUGGUCUCUCUGAUGCUGAAUAGAUUCCAGCAGAAAGAAUCAGACAGUUUUAUCUGACAGCAGUUAAAGAUUAAAAAAAGUCACAUUUUAGUUAAAAGGAUCGAAGUUUUGCCCUGAAAAAGCAAACUGAGAUGAUGCUGUAUAUAGAGCCCAUGUGAGGACUACUCACACUGAUGUUGUAUGUUGAUUUGCUGUAUGCUUAAUGUAUUAAAUUGUCCUGGUGUUGGGAAGUUUUGCACAAAGCCACCUUUCUUUGUCACCCAGGGAAGCUGGGGCUGGUAGUAUGGAGGUGUACCAAACCUUAUCUUUUAUUGACUAAAGUUAGUUGUCUUGAUGCGUGAUCUACAAUGCUUCUUAUACCACUGUCAUUUCAUGCAGCACUGUGGAAAGAUGCAACUAAGACGAUGUAAUUUUUGUAUAUUUUGUUGUGUAGCCAUGACUGCCUCUAAGGUGCCAUUAACACUUUUUAAAAAAAUAAAAAUAUUUACAUUUAUGA